AUCGAUGCACGGCAUUCGCGGAUGAGGUAUGAUCGAUCGGGAGCUCAUUGACAUUUGUAUAUUUGUAGGACAUGUAGAAUGGCUUAGUAUAUCGCGGUAGUUAUCACAUUUUCCGAUCGAAGUAAAGAUUGCUUCCUCACAAUUCUGAAUUAUUCUGUAUUUGUUGUAUUAUUUGUUACAGUUUUGUCAAAGUUGUAAAGCUGUGUACACACUGGUACAGUACAAAAGAUAACCGACUUCUGAACAAUCUUGGUUUUGUAGGCCUGACUCGGGGCAGCAAGACUUACUGAGCUUUGCCCGUGCCGUGCGUGGUGCCCAUGCCAAUAUUCCUACAUUUGAGGCUACCGUCUACCACCAGACGCUAAACCUACAUGUAGGCCUAUUUCUGAACACUUCCGGUUUCGUGGAAUGCCCAACGUGUUAAUGUGAUUCAUCGAUUGCUUCCCAGCGAUUACCUUAAUACUUCGCACACAAUUUCGUUGCACAUGUAGCACAGCAAUGGCUUCGCCUACAAGCGACAGGGCACCACUUUUAGUCAAUUACCAGGAGGAUUUCACCGAUAUUCGGGAUCCAAGAGAGACGGUCAAAAGCCUGUACACCAAGGAGGCCUCUCUGGGCUGUCCAAGGAAUUCACAGAGUGUUGGCAUCGACAGUGUGACAGUGAGUGCCUGUAACUCUGUGUGUGAUUUGAGCCGAUACAGUGACAGCAUAGUGGCAAUAUUUGUUGUGGCAUUUGACACGAGAUCAGGAAACAUCGUCGAAUGGUCCCUACCAGAAGACAUGGACUUGGAAGGGGUGGAGUUCAAGGCUAUGGCCAGCGGCUCGCACACCGUCCUCUCAGAUUUCAUAUAUUUCAGGAAAGAUAACUACUAUGGCUUGAGCUGCUUCCAGAACAUGCAUGUGGACAGUGAAGUGGAACGGGGAGCGCGGAUGAAGUCCGUGGGUAUCCUAGCGACGUCGUACACGGCACUGUACAAACACAUGCAGUUCCUGGAGAACCAAGUUCGACAUCAAUUGGAAAUCCCAGGAUGCUAUGAGCAGCUGUUGGCAUUCUUCAGUGAUCAUAAAGCAUCGUUACCCUCCAGGGAAACAUCACGGAACACGCUGUCCGUGUCCUCACCUCUUAUUGGAUCGCCGGGGACCACACCCCUUACCACACCCAUAACCACACCCAGCUCUGAGGGUAGUCUACCAACAAUGAAGAUCACGCAUCCAGCAGGCUGCUUUGCCCAGUUCAUCAACUUCUUUGGGGAGCAGAUCUUUACCCUUUGGAAGUACGUCCUCCUCCGCAAGCGGAUACUCUUCUUUUCUCCGCCCCCAAUUGGGGUUGUCUGCUACAGAGUUUACUGUGCAUCUACGUUGGGCCAGCAUGAAAUCUUUAUCUCCACUGCCACUGAAUACAAGCCUUUCUUCUACAUCAAUGUUGUAGAUAUAGAGGCAUUGGAAUCAGAGGUGUCCUAUAUUGCAUGCACAACCGAGAAAGUCUUUCAAGAGAAGGACUCGCUGUACGACGUGUACGUGGACAACCAGAACGUCUCUGCCCACUCGGCCAACCUCAAGACCAUGGCCAAAAUCAACAGCAUGGACAAGGAGAAGUUCAAUCGGCUGAAUAACCACCGCUGCGCUAUGAUGUUCCGUGCUCAGGAGCUGGGAGAGGAGUUGGAUGAUGAUCAGACCUUUGCUUCAUUUUUCCUGGAACAGAACAACCACAUCUUCCAGACGCUGUUGGACGUGUCAGAGAGCCAGGACAAGGCCCUGACCACUGACCACAUGAAGGCCAUGGGACUGGACCCCAUCCAUGACCGGCAGUUCAUCAUGGACCUCGUGGAGCUGUACGGCAUUGAUGUCAUACUCAUGGUGGACAACCCGUGCUGUCCAGUAUGAACCGGUUCAGACGGGCCAAGACCCGUAUUACAGACCUCUUGGGAUCCAGCUGCUGGCAAGCAGUCUGUGUGGAGUUCCAUGGCAUCAGUGUCAUGAUCAUGGUGGACAAGGUAUAUUGUCCAGUGUAAACCAGUUGAGACCAGCUGUGGCCUGCUACACAGACUAAGUGGAUCAGGUUGCCAGAAAGCAGUUAAUCAUGGACGUAUUGGAGCUCCAUGGCAUUGAUGUCAUACAUGUAGUUCUCCUAAAUCGGUUCAGACUGGCCAAGACCACAACACUCCAACUGGAUCUGGUUGCUGAUGAGCAGUUCACCAUGAACCCGAUGGAACUGCGUGGCACUGACGUCAUACUGAUGGCAGACAACUCAUGCCGUCCCGGACUUCAUGGAAGCUCUCCAAUAAUGUUCUGGUAUUCAAAUUGGACAACGUUUGCAGUCCAGUAUAAACUGGUUCAUACUAACUGUUCAUGUACAUUUAGAGCAUGACUACUUGGUGCAAGCAAGCACUAAAAGUGAUCUUAACCACCUCCUGCUGGGGCAGUUAUCAAUGUUGAUGAUGCUGGGCCGAGAUAUUUAUCAUUUUUUUCCGUUUUGAAAAUUCUUUGAA